AUGAGUGGCGUCAAGUUCUUGACCGAGCGUGUCGCUAUUGUCACAGCCUCAACGAAGGGCAUCGGGUUUGCUAUAGCAAGAAGACUAGGACUGGACGGAGCCAAAGUUGUUGUUAGUAGUAGAAAACAGAGAAAUGUGCAGGUAAGUCGGUUAUAUCUUCUGUUUUUACUUUUUUAGGUAACAACUGUAUUUUUGCAGCUUUUAACUAAUUUUUGAACAACCUGAUAACAAAAAAUAGCUAAACUCAUUUUACUGCAACAAUUAAAUUGUAGGAAGCUGUAAAGGCUCUGGAAAUGGAUGGAGUUGAAUGCGCAGGAUGUGUUGCGCAUGUUGGGAUUGAUGCUGACAGAAAGAAACUGAUUGACUUCACGAUUGACAACUUCAACAAACUUGACAUUUUGGUGUCUAACGCUGCAGCCAAUCCACAUUUUGGAGACAUUACUACUUGUUCACAAUCUCAGUGGGAAAAACUCAUCUCUGUUAACGUAUGUUAUUUAUGAAAAUUUUAGAGGUUUUUUUAAGUUUUUAGACAAGGGAUUUAAAAGUACUUAAUAAUCAUAUUUAUGAUCUUAAAUGAAUUUAAUGUUCAAUUUAGCGAAUUUUGAUGCUAUUCUAUCAUAAUUAGGUAGAUGUAACAAAACUGAUGAUUUUAGGUAAUAAAUUAAUCAAAUUUAGGUACGAUCUUCAUUUUUAUUAGCACAAGGAGCCAUCCCUCAUUUGGAGAAGUCAGAAGACGCUUCUAUUGUUUUUGUAUCAUCUGUAGCUGGAUAUUCGCCUUUGGAAGGCAUUGGUGCUUACAGUGUCAUGAAGUCAGCUUUGGUUGGACUAAACAAAUCGCUAAGUCAAUCGCUAGCCAGCCGAAACAUUAGGGUCAACGCUAUUGCACCAGGUAUAGGUUUUGCUUAUUUUCUCUAGCAUUUUAAAGUACUAGGUUUGAAACUUAUGAACGCGGGUUUUCUAGUAAAAAUACGUUGAGUCAUAUUCAUAAGUUACCAACCCAAACCUUUUGCAGUUUGUCAGUAUUAUCCCUUGUAAGACAUUUUAACAUCACUUAUUGUUUAAAAACUUGUGUUUUAGGUGUGAUCCGAACAGACUUCUCGAAAGCCAUCACGGGUGGAGAAUCCAGUGAUCAGUAUACCGAAAAGUUAAUACCUCUUGGACGAUUUGGCGAAGCCGAGGAAUGCGCUGGGGCCGUUUCAUUCUUAGCUUCGAAUAGUGCCAGUUACAUCACGGGAGAGACCAUUGGAGUGAAUGGUGCUAUGCAAGCACGGAUUUAA